CUAGUUCAUUUCUUGCAAGACAGCUCACUUCGAGUCAAAGAUUGUUGCGUCCUUUGACUUCAUCCCCUGCUAGCUAGCCUCCGAGAUCUCCCAGCCUCCAUGGCGGAGAUGAUCGCCGUAUCCUUCUCGGCGAAGAUCGCCGCGUCCUUGUCCGCCCCAGCAGCCGUAGAGCUCUCCUCUCUCUUCGCCAUUCGCUCGGGGGUAGCCGCCGCCGCGCGGGAGCUCGAUCUCCUCCGCGCCUUCCUCCGCUUCGCCGACUCCCGCCGCGGCACCGACGCGCUCGCCGCCGCUUGGAUCGACCAGGUCCGCGACGCUGCCUUCGAGCUUGAGGACGUCGCGGACGAGUACUCCUUCCUCUCUGGCGGGGGCUUCGUCCGUGGCUGUGCCAAUUUGGGCGCCUGGUUCGCGCGCUCGAGGCGACUACGGAGGGCGCGGGAGAGGCUUCGCGAGCUGUCGGUCGCCAAGGAAAAAUUCGACAUCUUGCCGGCGGUUGCCUCCGCGGCAAGAUUGUCUUCAGCCGUUGGCGGCAGCGCAACUGUCAUCAGCCGGAAGGUAGCAGAUACAGCGCACUUUCUGGGAGAAGAGGAGAUCGUGGGCUUUGCGGCGCACAGAAGCUUACUGAUGGAAUGGCUGACCGACGACGCGGAGCCCCGGCGGAAGCUGAUCGCUAUCUGGGGGAUGGGCGGUGUUGGCAAGACCACUCUAGUGACCAAUGUCUUCAAGGAAGUCGCCGCAAGCUUCUACUUUGAUUGUAGCGCAUGGGUGCCCGUCUCCAAGAACUUCACUACGGAAGACCUUUUAAGGAGAGUCUAUAAAGAACUUCAGCAUGAAGUUCACACCGGCGCGCCGAGGAACGUGGAAGAGAUGAACUACCGGUCCCUUGUCGAGGCUUUGCAAGGGAUUCUGUCCAAAAAGAGGUACUUGGUGUUGCUGGAUGAUGUCUGGGAUGCACUUGCAUGGUAUGAGAUCCGCAGUGCAUUUAUUGAUAAUGGAACCGGGAGUCGGAUAAUCAUCACAACACGCAGUCAAGACGUGGCUAACCUGGCAAAUUCCACAAGGAUUAUCCUGCUCAAGCCACUUCCUGAGAAGGAAGCAUGGUGCUUAUUUUGCAAUACAACUUUCAGGGAGAUGGCUGAUCGAGAGUGCCCGCGGCAUCUGGAGCACUGGGCUUCGAAGAUACUGGACAAAUGCAGUGGUCUGCCAUUGGCGAUCGUGUCAGUUGGCAAUCUUCUUGCAUUGAAGGAGAAAAGUGAAUUUGCAUGGAAGAACGUCCAUGACAGUCUUGUGUGGGAUGGAAGCAUCGAUCAUGGAAUUGGGCAAGUGUCGAGCAUACUGAAUCUGAGUAUUGAUGAUCUGCCGUACCACCUGAAGAGGUGUUUCCUUUAUUGCAGCAUAUACCCUGAGGAUUUCUUUGUCAAAAGGAAGAUUCUGAUCAGGAUGUGGAUUGCUGAAGGCUUUGUUGAAGAAAAAAAUCAUGCCACAAUGGAGGAUGUGGCUGAUGAUUACCUGAACCAACUAGCGCAACGUAGCCUGCUGCAAGUCGUGAUGAAAAAUGAGUUUGGACGUGCCAAGCGGUUCCAAAUCCAUGAUUUGAUCAGAGAGUUGAUUCUGAGUAGGUCGGCAAAGGAGGGACACUUUGUAUUUUCGAAGUGCACACCAACAUUUGAAUCAAACAGUAAUUACUGUCAUCUUGUAAUUGAUCGAUGCACACAGAGCGACCUCCCAGCUCCAAAGAUGGUCUCGCUUCGAUCCCUCCAUGGAUUUAAAACACAGUUUGAUGCUUCACUGCUGUCUCGCCUCAGAUUAUUAACUGUUCUGAACUUAUGGUACAUUCCAAUAGCUAAGCUCCCUAGUUCAGUGACAAAUCUCUUCAAUCUGCGCUAUCUUGGCAUCCGUUCCACUCUAAUCAAAGAGCUACCACAUGAGUUGGGACGAUUACAUAAGUUGCAAACUUUAGAUACCAAGUGGUCCAUGGUCCAGAGAUUACCAGGCAGCAUAACAAAACUCAAGGCUCUGUGCCACCUGAUCUUAUUUAGACGCCAUGAUGCUGAGUUAUUGGUCCCUGGUAAAGCAGUUGUACUUCCAGAUGGUAUGAAAAAUCUGACUUGCCUGCAGACUCUUAAAUACAUCGAAGCUGAUGAGAAGAUGAUAUUAUCCUUAGGAAGCCUGAGACAGAUGAGGAGUUUAGAACUACAUGGUGUGCAUGAGACCAGUCUUGUUCAUUUGUCAUCAUCCAUCUCAAAAAUGAGCCACCUUAGAUGCUUGGGAAUUGUCAGUCGGGAUGCUAAUGUGCAACUAGACCUUGAGUCAUUUUCACAACCUCCAUUGUAGCUACAAAAGCUCACUCUAAAAGGGAGGUUAAUAAGGGGUAGGCUACCUUCAUGGUUUGACUGCCUUAGUAGCCUCAUGGAAUUGCGGUUGCAUUCUUCUGGAUUAAAGGAAGAUUCAAUUCGAUUGCUCUCAUCCCUUCCCAGGCUGUUUGAUCUUAGCCUGUGGGAUGCAUAUAACGAGAAAAAAUUGACCUUUGCAGAAGGUGGGUUUCCUGUCCUCAGAAGACUAAGAUUGCAGGACUUGCGCAGCCUUGCAAGCCUAGAGUUUCAAAAGGGCAGUCUUGUAGAUCUGCAGAAGUUGAUGCUUUUCCAAUGCACUGAGAUGAUUAAAAUACCCCAAGGCAUUGAGAACCUUAUGCAUCUUGAAACUUUGGAGCUUUUUGAAAUGCCAAGUGAGCUCACAAGAAAAAUACAGGAGGGGCAAGAACCAGGGCGGCAUCAUCAAAAUUAUGAGCCCGCCACAAUUGUCAAGGUCAUCCAAGUGCAGGAUGGGCGGUGGUUUGAGAAAAAAUUUUACACCAACCUAUGUACUUUACAAAAACAGGGCAUUUAAAUAUGGAUGUAGCAUUAUGAACUUUCAGUCCGAAAUUAGCUCUGAUCAAGGGCAAAGCACAACAUCAAUUCAAAUUCUUGCAGGUAAGUAAGAUGACAAAUGGACUGAUAGUGUACAGCAUAUGAUCAACCAUCUCAUUUUGGCAACCAACCGUAAAGUGCAGACUGCAGACAGUAUGCCAGAUGUAUAGAUGUAAUUUGUGAGUUUUGAACCUGGUACACACAUUUUAGUAAUCCUCAGUGAUUAUGGAUAGUUGGGGAUGAUAGUAUGAUAGACUUCACAUAUUGGUACAACAGAAGUUAGGGGCUAUGGAAUGUGGAAGCUAGAUUUAUAAAGCCAUUGUAAAUGCUCAUAAUUGGUUUGUAUACAUUUUCAAAACAAUGUGUAUCAGUCUAGUGCCCAUAAUUACAUGGUUUAUAUACCUGGAAAGUUAAAGCUCUCUUUCCAUGCAACUGAA